ACUCGGCGUCCACGCGCUGGACACAUGCCGCUCGGUGAGCGAGUAACGGGACACCGGGACACCGGGAUUCCCCUCCGUGAACAUGGUUCUGUCUGCGGCCAACAAGCUGAAAGUGUUCCAGCUGCAGCUGUCGGACUCCGGCAGGUCCUUCUACAGCAGCGGGGACAAACUGUCCGGCACCGUGCAGCUGGAGGCGGCUCAUCCCUGCAGGCUGGCCGGCCUCAGGGUCACCGCCGCCGGCUGCGCCCACGUGCAGCACCGCAAGAACCGCAGCCAGGAGGUGGAGUACCUGAAGUAUGAGGAGGAGCUGCGGCUGGAGGAGCUGCUGGAGAAAGACUCGGACGGCUGCUUCCUGCUUCCACCUGGAAAAACCUUCAGCUUCCAGUUCGGCUUCGAGCUGCCGCCCCCCGGGCGUCUCGUGUCGUCCUAUAAGGGGAAGUUCGGGUACAUCCGUUACUACGUGCGGGCGGAGCUGGACAGGCCUUCCCAGCAUGCUUUGCACUGUGAGCGGGAGUUUGAGGUGGAGGAGCCGCUGGACGUCAACCGACCUGAGCUGCUGGCUCCGGCUGCGUCCUCCAAACAGAAGAAGGUCACCUGCAUGUUCAUCCCCGACGGUCAGGUGUCCAUCAGUGCUAAGAUCGACAGGAAGGGAUUCUGCGAGGGUGAAGACAUCAACAUCAACGCCAAGUUCGAGAACACGUGUUCACGCAUCGUGGUGCCGAAGGCCGCCAUCAUCGCCAAGCACACGUACCUCGCCGACGGACACACCAAGGUGUUGAAUCAGAAACUGGCGGCGGUUCGAGGGAAUCACAUCAUCUCUGGGAUGUGUGACAUGUGGCAGGGGAAGACCAUCAGAGUCCCCAGACUGAAGCCGUCUCUGAUGGGCUGUGACAUCAUCAAGGUGGACUACGCCCUCAAGAUCUACCUGCACAUCCCGGGCAGCGAGAAGCUGGUCCUGGAGCUGCCUCUGGUCAUCGGUACCAUCCCGUUCAGCGGCGUCGGCAGCAGAACCAGUAGCAUGAGCAGCCAGGCCGGAUCCCUGAGCAGCCAGGGCGGAUCCAUGAGCAGCUGGUCCUCCUUCCCCUCGGCCCCCCCCAGCUACAGCAACAUCCACAGAGACCUCCGAGUAGACGGCCCCCGCACGCCGCUGCUCCACGACUACGACGACGGCGAGGACGACGAUGAUGACGGGGGGCUCUUCAUGAGAGCGCCUGAGCUGUACUACCCUCCUCCCCCCGCCUACAGCGAGGUUGACGAGGACGCCGUUAACGCUCCUCCGGCUGUUCAGGUCUUCUGAGGACGUCAUGAAGACGAGGACGCUAAUGCAGACGAGACGAGGACAACUUCCUGUCCGACUUCCUGUCCAACAUCAGUCCUCUGUCCAGUCUUUAGUAACUGACCCAGACUGCCCCCCCCCCUCCAGAGCUCGUUUGACAUGUCACUCACUCAUCAUCAGCUCAGGGGCGUUGAGUUUAUUAACAACGACUCAGCAGUUUAUUGACGAUGACUCAGCAGUUUAUUGACGAUGACUCAGCAGUUUAUUGGUGAUGACUCAGCAGUUUAUAUACGAUGACUUUUUUUUGGCACUUUGUUUUGUAGAUAAAAAUGUUUUGUUGUUUUUGGGAAAAGUUUCAGAUGUGUGUUGUUACUUAGUCGAAUGUUCUGAUUGGUUGCUUUUUUUUUUACUUUUUGGAGUUUCAGGAAGUUACACCUGUAUAUUUAUUUUGUAAAUAUGAGAAGAUUUCUAUUUUUUUAUUCAAACAAUAAAUCAGUUUAAUAUGA